CCAUCAAACGACGAGGAUAGAAAAAAAAAUGUUGAGAAAUUUACCUUUAAAAGCUAUAAAUAGAGGAAUUACUGGUCAAAUUAGACAGCAAUCCACCGUACCUUCACUCAGCAACCUCGGCGCUAGUUGGAAGACCCUCAGCACAGAAGAGCGUCAGUCAGUUUACACAGAAGUAGUAGAAAAGCAAAAGCAAGAUUGGAAGCAAUUAUCUAUAGACGAGAAGAGAGCAGCUUACUUUAUAUCAUUUGGACCACAUGGACCACGCACACCUGUCGUUGAACAGGGCGGCAACACCAAGGUUUUCGUUGGUGUCCUUGGCGCUUUAGCUGCUACCGCUGCCAUCUACUUCGGUGUCAGAUCAUUCGCUGCUGAGCCUCCUCAAACUAUGUCUAAGGAAUGGCAAGAAGCAUCUACAGAGUACAUGAAAGAACAAAAAUCUAAUCCAAUUUCCGGUGUCUCAUCAGAGAACUACAAGGGUAAAGGUAUGGUUCAAUAAAAAUUUAAUCCUCCUUCUUGUACCACCAAUACAGUGUCUUCUCUUUUUAGAAAUGUUUAAUACAGAAAUAUUUAA